UUCAACUUUUCAUCUCCCGUUACCUACCUAGAAACUUAGUUGCGUAUCUCAGGGGUUCACCAGGAGGAUUCUUCCCCUCACCACUCGGACCGCUAUUCUCUUUAUCACGCCCUGGUUCACGUUGUAUUGUACAAUACAAUACUUGGCAAAAUAUCAGAGAAGUUCGAGCCACCGUGAACGGUACGAGGCUCGCCUUUGCAGGUCUUUCUCCCAUGUGAUGCAUUCGCAAGCACAGCGUUGCGAAGCCGACACCGCACGACACCUCUCAAUCCGAUGGAUCCUAGAUGAAAUCACGAUUCACCACCCUCUCCAUCCCCUCCUAUAACCCCUCGGUAUCACAGAGAGAUUCUCCGCUCUUUGCGUUGCACUUGAAAUACGAAUAUUUCGCCAACUCCAGCCGAUCUUUUAAAUGUCGUCUUCUGAAGUUCCCAUCUACACUAACGCCUAAUCGAAGUCAUACCUAAUUGAUUUUGAACCUCGAGCUAAAGCAGCUUCCCAUCUAAGUUACGCGGCACGCCCAGACAGGUCCCGAAAAUGGAUAUAGAAGACAGAGAUUCACAUAAUAUAUUCUCAACGUACCCCUUUUCCUGGGUACUUGUCCCGAUCAUUAUAUUUAUUGGUAUCGGGUUGCUCCUCAUGUGUUACCGUUAUCGCCGCCGCCGAAAGCUCCGCAUGCUAUACGGCACUAAUGCUUUGGAACGGGAUUUAGAAGCUAUGGGUAAUCGGUCGAGAUCGAGGGCACCGGUGGAGGGACGGGCAAGAGGAGGGAGACGUCGAUUAGGGUCAGCCUAUGAUAGUAGAGAAGAAGGUCUAAAUGAGUUGGGCGAAGCGCCACCAGCCUACACCCCCACCCAGAAACGACCUGAUAACACGGACGACGUGGAAUUAAACCCCUUGCAACCGCAGCCGCAACCAUUACCGAAUGCUGUAGCUACCAACGGAGCUGGUACUAGCGGGCCACCAACAUACGAAGAAAUACAACUAGGGACGGAUCAGACCCAUCCUACGGCACCUGUUCCGAUCUCUAGCAUACCAGAACCGCCUCAGAGAGCGGUCUUACCUCCACAUUAAACCCUCAUAUUAAAGAAUGGAAGGUCUAGAAGGAUACUAUUUCUGUGUAGGAAAAAACGGAGUUUCGGGGGCGCAUAUGGGUCACCUAGGCUAUCUGACGAAAUUAUGGUGGUUAUGAAAGAGAUAUAUUAGACCGUAGCUCAUCACGCUGGUAUAGCUGGUUGUAUAGAAUAUUGGACGGUAUGGGACAUAUGGGUGAUGCGU